CAUCCCAUGACAUUUUCCGUCAAAAUUAUCACAUUUUUGUCAAUAAUCACAUGAUAGAUUUUUAAUAACUCCUAAAAAGUCUUAAAAUAAUUUAUAGUCUUUUAAAAUGGCCUGUUGUGGACCAAAAUUGUCUCUAUGCGGCCUGAUAAUCAGUGCUUGGGGUAUUGUGCAAUUGGCCCUUAUGGGAGUCUUCUAUUAUAUAGAAGCCGUAGCCCUGGCUGAGGACCUUCCAGAAGUCCACUCCUACGAGACCCUAGACGAUUUUUACAGCCAAAUGACCAGAGGCUAUCAGCAGAAUGCUUAUAACUGUUGGAUUGCUGCCUUACUUUAUCUGAUUACCAUGGCCAUAUCAGCACACCAGUUUUGGUUGAACAACAGAUCAUCUUUGAGCGUUUAAAAAGAAAUUUUAUCACAUAUUUGAACUCGACUGCAACAUUUGUCUUUUUUUUUAUGUACUGUAAAUAUGAAAGGUUUGUUAAGUGUUUUAAUAGUUUUCUGUUAAGUCUAAUGCUAUAAUUAAGUAGAUUUUUGCUAAAAUUCGGCAGUCGAGGUGGUAGUUCUGUAAAGUAUAACAGUAUUUUUAAAUUCUAUCAUUCCAAGCUAUAAAACAGUUCGAAUUGUCCUUAAAAACUUAUACAAAGUUAUAACAAGUUAUAUUAUAUACAGUGGUUUCUCAGUCAAUAUUAUAUACUUUACUGUAUUGUAUAAUUUUUUUAUUGUUUUUCUUAUUAAGCUAAAAAUUGUUAAACUUUUUACAUUUGGAAAUCACUGUUAUAUGGAAAAAAACAUACCAGGUAUUUUUAUUUAGUAUCAAGUGAAAUAAAAGCUAUUAUGUCUAUUUAUUAUGUAAAUAUAAUUUCAUUAAA